CAUAAUCUUUUCCUUCUUAAUUUCCUAUAUUUAUAUAAACAAACAAACCUUAAUCCUACCGAAAACAUGAGCAACAACCAGAACGCAAGUUUCCAAGCUGGUCAAGCCAAAGGCCAAGUCGAGGAGAAAGGCAACCAAUUGAUGGAUAAAGCUAGUUCAGCUGCCCAAUCUGCCAAAGAAACAGUGCAAGAGGCUGGUUCACAAGUGCAGAUGAAGGCAUCAGAAGCAGCUGAUGCAGUGAAGGAUGCAACCGGGAUGAACAAAUAAGCCUAGAACGACUCUUAUUUUACUUUUUUUUAAUUGCUACAUUUUUUUAUUUUUAUUGUUUAUCAUUGAAUGAUUAACAUUUUAUUAUAAUAAAGCAAAAUAAAAUAGUUAUCGGUUGAGUUUAUAAUUA